GAGCUCAGCAAGGAGGCGGAUAACGGGCGGCUUCUGCGGCUGUUGGCUAAACUCAAUUUCGUGACGGAGCGGCCCGACUCCACCUGGCCGGAGACGGGCGACCGUUACGUGCUCAAACUGUUUCGUGACUUUGUGUUUCACGCGGCCGCUCCCGACACGGGUGCUCCCCUGCUGGACUGGGGGCUGCUGGUGGAGGCGCUGAACAAGGUGAUGCCGGGG